AUGGCCGACAGAACUGCUCCGCGUUGCCAACUGAGAUUGGAGUGGAUUUACGGUUACCGGGGUCAUCAGUGCCGCAACAACCUAUACUACACCGCGGGGAAAGAGGUCGUGUACUUCGUGGCUGGGGUCGGCGUGGUUUACAAUACCAGAGAGCACACUCAGAAGUUCUACCUGGGACACAACGAUGACAUUAUCAGCCUGGCUCUGCACCCAGACAAGGCGCAGGUGGCGACGGGGCAGGUGGGGAAGGACCCGUACAUCUGCGUGUGGGACACCUACAGCGUGCAGACCGUGUCCAUCCUGAAGGACGCGCACACGCACGGCGUGGCCUGCCUCGCCUUCGACUCCGACGGACAGCGGUUGGUGUCAGUGGGCCUGGAUGCCAAAAACACGGUGUGCGUGUGGGACUGGAAGAAGGGCAAGGUGCUCGCCACGGCAACCGGGCACUCAGACCGGAUCUUCGACGUCACCUGGGACCUGUUCCAGCAGCACAGGCUGGUGAGCUGUGGAGUGAAGCACAUCAAGUUCUGGGCCCUGUGUGGGAACGCCCUGACGCCCAAGAGGGGGAUUUUCGGGAAGACGGGGGACCUGCAGACCAUCCUGUGUGUGGCCUCCACGAAGGACGACAUCACGUACUCCGGGGCCCUGAACGGAGACAUCUACGUGUGGAAGGGCCUGAACCUGGCGCGCACCAUACAGGCUGCACACGGGGCUGGGAUCUUCAGCAUGUACUCCUGUGAGGAGGGUUUUGCCACCGGGGGGCGAGACGGCUGCAUCCGCCUGUGGGACGGGGACUUCAAGCCCAUCACCAAGAUCGACCUGCGGGAGGCGGAGCAGGGGUACAAAGGGCUGUCGAUCCGCAGCGUGUGCUGGAAGGCGGACCGCAUCCUGGCGGGCACGCAGGACAGUGAGAUCUUCGAGGUGAUGGUGCGCGACCGGGACAAGCCGCUGCUCAUCAUGCAGGGCCACUGCGAGGGCGAGCUCUGGGCCCUCCACGUGCACCCCAAAAAACCGCUCGCCGUCACCGGGAGCGACGACCGAUCCGUGCGGCUGUGGAGCCUGGCGGACCACGCCCUGAUCGCGCGCUGCAACAUGGAGGAGGCGGUGAGGAGCGUGGCCUUCAGCAGCGACGGCUCCCAGCUCGCCCUGGGCAUGAAGGACGGGUCCUUCACCGUGCUGCGCGUCAGGGACAUGACGGAGGUGGUGCACAUUAAGGACAGGAAGGAGGUGAUCCACGAGAUGAAGUUCUCGCCGGACGGCUCGUACCUGGCCGUGGGCUCGAACGACGGGCUGGUGGACGUCUACGCCGUGGGCCAGCGCUACAAGAAGGUGGGCGAGUGCAGCAAGUCCUCCAGCUUCAUCACGCACCUGGACUGGUCUGUGGACGGCAAGUUCCUGCAGACCAACGACGGCUCCGGCGAGAGGCUGUUCUACAAGAUGCCCUCUGGGAAACAUCUGACCACCAAGGAGGAGAUCAAAGGGAUCCACUGGGUCUCGUGGACCUGUGUGAUCGGGCCGGAGGUGAGCGGGAUCUGGCCCAAGUACACCAACAUCAGCGACAUCAACUCCGUGGACGCCAACUACAACAGCGCCGUGCUGGUGACCGGGGACGACUUCGGCCUGGUCAAGCUCUUCCGCUUCCCCUGCUUGAAGAAAGGGGCGAAGUUCAAGAAGUACGUGGGCCACUCGGCCCAUGUGACCAACGUGCACUGGUCACAUGACUUCCAGUGGGUGCUCAGCACCGGGGGGGCGGACCACUCCGUGUUCCAGUGGCGGUUCCUCCCGGAGGGGAUCAUGAACGGCAUCCCAGAGCCCCUGCACCAAGAGGGAUACACGGACUCCAACAGCGAGGAGUCCGAUUCCGACCUCUCCGACGUUCCGGAGCUGGACUCGGACAUCGAGCAGGAAGCCCAGAUCAACUACGACCGGCAGGUGUACAAGGAGGACCUCCCCCAGCUGCGGCAGCAGAGCCGGGAGAAGCAGCAGCCAAUCAGCUCCCUGAAGAGGCAGAGGGUUCCGGAGGAGGGGCUGAGGCUGCAGUUCGUUCACGGGUACCGGGGCUACGACUGCAGGAACAACCUGUUCUACACGCAGGCGGGGGAGGUGGUGUACCACGUGGCGGCCGUAGCCGUGGUCUACAACCGGCAGCAGCAUUCGCAGCGCUUCUACCUGGGCCACGACGACGACAUCCUCAGCCUGGCAGUGCACCCGCUCAAGGACUACGUGGCAACUGGGCAGGUGGGCCGGGACCCAGCCAUCCACGUGUGGGACACGCAGACGCUGAAGUGCCUGUCCCUCCUGAAGGGACACCACCAGAGGGGGGUCUGCGCCCUCGACUUCUCCGCCGACGGGAAGAGCCUGGUGUCGGUGGGCAUCGAUGACUGCCACUGCAUCGUGGUGUGGGACUGGAAGAAAGGGGAGAAGCUGGCUACGGCCCGGGGGCACAAGGACAAGCUGUUUGUGGUGAAGUGUAACCCUGUGCAAAUGGACAAGCUGGUGACCGUGGGGAUGAAGCACAUCAAGUUCUGGCAGCACGCAGGUGGCGGUCUGACGUUUAAGCGGGGCGUGUUCGGGAGCCUGGGAAAGCUGGAGACGAUGAUGUCGGUGUGCUACGGCCGGGGGGAGGACCUGGUCUUCUCCGGGGCCGCCACGGGAGACGUGUACAUCUGGAAGGACACGGCGCUCCUCAAGACCAUCAAGGCCCACGACGGCCCUGUGUUCGCCAUGUACUCCCUGGACAAGGGCUUUGUGACGGGCGGUAAGGACGGGGUGGUGGAGCUCUGGGACGACAUGUUCGAGCGCUGCCUGAAGACCUACGCCAUCAAGAGAGCCGCGCUGUCCCCCGGGUCCAAAGGGCUGCUGCUGGAGGACAACCCGUCGAUCCGCGCCAUCACCCUGGGACACGGGCACAUCCUGGUGGGAACGAAGAACGGAGAAGUACUCGAAAUCGACAAGAGCGGCCCCAUGACCCUCCUGGCACAGGGUCACAUGGAGGGGGAGGUGUGGGGGCUGGCCGCUCACCCCCUGCUGCCCGUGUGCGCCACGGUGAGUGACGACAGGACCCUGCGCAUCUGGGAGCUCUCAGCCAAUCACCGCAUGGUCGCCGUGCGCAAGCUCAAAAAAGGCGGCCGGUGCUGUGCCUUCUCCCCCGACGGGAAGGCCCUGGCGGUGGGGCUGAACGACGGCAGCUUCCUGGUGGUGAACUCCGACACCCUGGAGGACAUGGUGUCCUUCCACCACAGGAAGGAGAUCGUCUCAGACGUCCGGUUUUCACAAGAUGCUGGAAAAUACCUGGCUGUGGCUUCUCACGAUAACUUUGUGGACAUCUACAACGUGCUGAGCAGCAAGAGGGUGGGCAUCUGCAAGGGUGCCUCCAGCUACAUCACCCACAUCGACUGGGACACCCGCGGUAAGCUGCUGCAGGUGAACUCAGGUGCCAAAGAGCAGCUCUUCUUCGAGGCUCCCCGAGGGAAGAGACAGACCAUCCGCACGUCCGAGAUUGAGAAGAUCGAGUGGGCCACAUGGACCUGUGUCCUGGGCCCCACCUGUGAAGGCAUCUGGCCCAUCCACAGUGACAUCACCGACGUCAACGCCGCCUCCCUCACCAAAGACAGGAAGCUGCUCGCCACCGGGGACGACUUUGGCUUCCUCAAACUCUUCAGCUACCCAGCCAGGGGGCAGCACGCCAAGUUUAAGAAGUACGUGGGGCACAGCGCCCAUGUGACGUGUGUGCGCUGGGCGCAGGAUGAUGUCACGCUGCUGACGGUGGGCGGGGCCGACACGGCGCUGAUGAUCUGGGCGCGGGAAGCGGGCGGGAGCCGCGAGAACAAGCCCGUCGACAGCGAGGAGUCCGACGACGACACUGAGGAGGACGGCGGCUACGACAGCGACGUGGCGAGAGAGCGGAGCAUCGACUACACCACCAAGAUCUACGCCGUCAGCAUCCGCGACAUGACCGGCGUGAAGCCCCACCAGCAGCAGAAGGAGGUGUCGGCUGAGGAGAGGCAGGGCAUCGUCAAGGGAUCCAGGCCCCCAGUGAGCAGAGCAGCUCCUCAGCCAGACAAACUGCAGAAGAACAACGUGACCAAGAAGAAGAAGCUGGUGGAGGAGCUGGGCUUGGAUCACGUGUUUGGGUACCGAGGCUUCGACUGCCGGAACAACCUGCAUUACCUCAACGACGGCACUGACAUCAUCUUCCACACCGCCGCGGCGGCACUGGUGCAGAGUCUCUCUACUGGGACACAGAGCUUCUACCUGGAACACACAGACGACAUCCUCUGUCUGACCGUCAACCAGCAUCCCAAGUACAAAAACAUCAUUGCCACAGGACAGAUAGGUAGGUCCGCACCAACGCUCCCCUCUCUCCCAGGCACCACGCCCUGCAUCCACGUGUGGGACGCCAUGAGCAAGCAGACGCUGUCCAUCCUGCGCUGCUCCCACGGGAAGGGCGUGGGCUACGUGCACUUCAGCGCCACGGGAAAACUGCUGCUCUCUGUGGGGGCGGAGCCCGAACACACCAUCACCGUGUGGCGCUGGCAGGAGGGUUCCAAGGUGACCAGUAAGGGGGGGCACUCGGACCGGAUCUUCGUGGUGGAGUUCCGUCCGGACUCGGACUCGCAGUUCGUGUCGGUGGGAAUCAAACACAUAAAGUUCUGGACGCUGGCCGGCGGCUCCCUCAUGUAUAAGAAGGGGGUGAUCGGGUCCGUGGAGGACGCCAGGAUGCAGACCAUGCUGUCCGUGGCGUUCGGUGCCAAUAACCUGACGUUCACGGGGGCCAUUAACGGGGAUGUGUUUGUGUGGCGGGAUCACUUCCUGGUGCGCGUGGUCGCCAAAGCUCACACCGGGCCGGUCUUCACCAUGUACACCACACUCAGAGACGGGCUCAUCGUCACCGGGGGCAAGGAGAGACCCACUAAAGAGGGAGGGGCUGUGAAGCUGUGGGAUCAGGAGAUGAAGCGUUGCCGGGCGUUCCAGCUGGAGACGGGACAGACUGUGGAGUGUGUGAGAUCCGUCUGCAGAGGGAAGGGGAAGAUCCUGGUGGGAACGAAGGACGGUGAGAUCAUCGAGGUCGGGGAGAAGAACGCGGCCUCCAACAUCCUGAUUAACGGGCACAUGCAGGGCGAGAUCUGGGGCCUGGCCACGCACCCCUCCAAAGACAUGUUCAUCUCGGCCAGUGACGACGGCACCAUCCGCAUCUGGGACCUGGCCGACAAGAAACUGCUGAACAAGGUGAGUCUGGGCCACGCGGCGAGGUGCACGGGGUACAGUGCGGACGGAGAGAUGGUCGCCAUCGGCAUGAGGAACGGGGAGUUCAUCGUCCUCCUGGUGAACUCGCUCAAAGUUUGGGGCAAGAAACGGGACCGCAGCGCCGCCAUACAGGACGUCCGGUUCAGUCCGGACAGCAGGCUGCUGGCGGUGGGCUCCAUGGAGAGCACGGUGGACUUCUACGACCUGACACUGGGACCCUCGCUCAACCGCAUCGGCUACUGCAAGGACAUCCCCAGCUUCAUCCUGCAGAUGGACUUCAGCGCUGACAGCAAGUACAUCGAGGUGUCCACGGGAGCCUACAAGCGCCAGGUGCACGAAGUGCCAACAGGGAAGAUGGUGACGGAGCAGCCAAUCAUCGACAAGAUCACCUGGGCCACCUGGACAAGUAUCCUGGGAGAGGAGGUGUUGGGGAUCUGGCCCAGGAGCGCAGACAAGGCCGAUGUUAACUGCGCCUGCGUCUCCCACGCCGGGCUCAACGUGGUGACGGGAGACGACUUCGGCCUGGUCAAGCUCUUCGACUUCCCCUGCACAGACAAAUUUGCCAAACACAAGCGGUACUUUGGCCACUCCGCCCACGUGACAAACAUUCGCUUUUCCUUCGAUGACAAGUACGUGAUCAGCACUGGGGGAGAUGACUGCAGUGUGUUUGUGUGGAAAUGCCUGUAAGAACAUCCAGCAACCAACCACACUGCAGUGGCCCCGCCCCCCGCCCCUCCCCCACCCGCCCACGCUCCACCCCCACCCCAACCUGGAGUGAAGCAAGG